UCAAGAUGAUAUUUGAUCCGCAUGUAGUCUAAGUUGGUGGCGAGUUGCACGUUCAGUGCAGCAUUGCAAGUGUUGCGACACGCACGAGAGUUGUUCCACGUGCAUAAUCACCUGGUAAAAUAAAGGGUCUGCAUAUCGAGAGCAUGGAGAAACCUAUAGUGCGAGCGAGAGUGGUGAAGGUCCUUGGCAGAACGGGAUCUCAGGGACAAUGCACGCAGGUCAAAGUAGAAUUUCUGAACGAGCAAAAUAGGCAGCUCAUCCGGAAUGUCAAAGGUCCUGUACGCGAAGGGGACAUCCUGACGUUGCUGGAAUCCGAACGAGAGGCCAGGAGACUCCGCUAAACUGAAGGAAGUAACCGUCGUCGCGUGCCUUGUGGAGAACUGGUGACUGGAGAAGAACAGAAGAACCACGUCCCGAAAUCAUAUUUUGACUUUUGGCGACAAACACGAUGACGAAAUUGGGAAAGAAAGAUCUACAAUCAGUUUUUGUGUUUUAUAAUCACUUCUUUUUAUUAAAUUUUGAUAUAAUGUACACAGAAAAGAAACAACACACGUGUGUUGUAUUUGUAUCUGCAAAAAGUGGAAAUUUCUUACUUCAACUUUCCACUUUUUUAGUAUGUCAAUAAACUAAUUUAUUAUGUA